UAUCAAACCCAACCCAGUGGAAUCGGCGAAGACUGAAGAGUGUACGCUGCACAGUGCUCGGAGAGCGAUGCCGACGACAAACCUGGUGCUCCUGGCGUGCUUGGUGUCGCUGGUGGCAGCAAUCGCCGCCGUUGAUUCAAAAUCAGACAGCUCCGGCGAGUGGCACAUCCUCACGAAGCAGAACUUCUCUUCUCAGAUCCGUCUCCAUCCUCACAUCCUCGUCUUCGUCACUCUUCCAUGGUCCGGUGAGUGUCGAUCACUCAUGAAAGACGUGGCGAAGUUGGUCACUGAUAGACCUGAAGAGUUCAGCUCGCUGAAGCUGAUGGUGUUGCACAGAAAUACAGAGAAGAUGGUGGCAACUGCGAUCGGUGCUGCUUCAGAAUGGGAGGAAAUUACGGUUUUGUACUAUCACCAUUCUGUUUCGUACAAAUAUGGAGGGAGGCUUCGAGCGCAGAACAUUUUGAGUUCAAUUCGUCCCUAUGUGUCGGUUUUAGGUGAAGAACUUCCGUUCAAAUCGCUGAAGAGUCAGGAAGAGUUGAAAGCUUUCGUUGAUUCAACUGACAAAGCUUUGGUUGUGUUUGAGUUUUGUGAAUGGACUCCUAAAUUGGUGGCCAAGAGGAAGAUGAAUGGGACUGAUCACAGUGGCUUUGGGGAAUUUUUUGGGUUAAACUUGAAUGCAGAGACAAAUAGAACCGACUGGCGGAAGAAUAACCAGAAGGGUAUGGAAACUGCAAAGAUGAAGUGUAAUGUUGAUAAUGAGCUUGGUGCAGUUCCUUGGGUUGGGGACUUCAGCUCAGUAAAUGACAGUGUUGCUUCUGAGGAGACUGAGAACAGUAGGCCUGAUGGUGCAUCGUUUUGCACACUUGAAGAAUAUCAGUUGUUUGACUCUUUCUUCUCAAAGUUCAUGACUAUUGCAAGAGAGUUCGUUCUGCCUCCUGAAAGGCAUAAAUUUGGUUUGGUCUCAGAAAGAUCUAUGCUCUCAGCUCUUGGUAUUGGAGAUUCCAGUUCAUGGUUGGCAGUGCUAUACUUUGCUGGAUGUCCCAGUUGUUUGAAGAUUAUUAAAAAAGAGGAUGACCUUAAUAAUGCUUUGAAGAUGGAUAGUUUAGUUAAGGAGCUAGAGGGUCAUGGCAACGCUUUGGAGCCUGCUUUGCCUGCUAACCAGCCAUCAGUUCUCUUAUUUGUGGAUAGAUCAUCUGACUUGUUAGAGACUAGAAUCAAUGGCAAGGAAGCUCUUGAUGCUUUUCGGAAGCUGGCACUGCACUAUCACAUGCCUGACCAGCUUGGCAGUCAAAGUAAAGACAAGCAUGAGAAAUCCUCAUCCCAGCAUUAUCAAGCAUUAAGGACCACAUCUGGACAUCCUAACUUAAAAUUAUCUCAGACAGUGCAGUUUAGCAAACUAGAAGACAAGAUGUCUACUUUCACAAUUAUAAAUGAGGGCAAACAAUUCAGAGUGGAGAAGUUGGCUUUGGAUCUAAAGGGUAAUUCCUUGCAGGAUAUCUUGGAAAUUGUACUUAAGCAAAAGAAGAAAGCUAAGUUAAGCUCACUGGUGAAGGAUUUGGGUUUCCAACUUUUGUCAGAUGAUAUGGACAUCAAACCAGAGAGUACAUUGCCAUUACCAAAGGAAUCUGAAUCUGAUACAGUUACAGAAGAGCCAUAUAAGGAGGGCCUUGCUACAAGUAGUACUGACUCAGACAGAGAUCAACAGCCAGAUGCAACAAGUAUAUCUACCGAACAGCAUCCAGAAACUUCUGAAGUCAUGGAUACUGAAACGUCAUCUCAGAACAAUGAAGAAAAAGCAUAUUAUGUUGAUACAAGCAAUCAGAUCUUAUCUGUCGAUAGUGAGCAACAGCUUGCAGAUCAUAAAUGUGAAGAUUUAGAUACAGAAGAAGAUAGUAAUCCACAGGGCGAAAAGUCAGCAGAGCAGCAGCUUCACUUUCAAGGCUUUAAGGGUUCAUUUUUCUUUUCUGAUGGUAAUUGUCGGUUGCUUCGAGCGCUGACUGGCAGUUCAAAAUUUCCAGCCCUGGUAAUAGUUGAUCCCAAUAUGCAGCAGCAUUAUGUCUUCCCAGAGGAGACUAAUGUCAAUUAUUCUUCACUGGUUGAUUUUGUUUCCGCCUUUCUUAAUGGAAGUCUUCUUCCAUAUCAAGAGUCUGAAACUGUACUUGAAAGCUCUAGGAAAGCCACUCAACCACCAUUUGUUAAUCUGGACUUCCAUCAGGUGGAUUCUAUCCCUCGAGUGACAACUCAUACUUUCUCUGAGCUGGUUGUUGGGUUCAAUCAAUCUGACAGUGAUGCUUGGAAUAAGGAUGUCUUAGUUCUUUUUAGCAAUAGAUGGUGUGGUUUUUGCCAGCGAAUGGAGUUAGUUGUUCAUGAAGUAUACCGAGCUAUGAAGGAUUAUGCUAAGAUGCUGAAAAGGGAAUCAAAGAAUGACAAAUCAACGUUUCACGAUAAUAUGACGGGCGACGUGAAAAAUGAAAUGCUGGAGCUGCCAUUAAUGUACUUGCUGGACUGCACAUUGAAUGAUUGCAGUUUGAUACUGAAAUCGAUGAAUCAGAGGGAGGUUUAUCCUACUCUGGUGCUCUUUCCAGCAGAAAAGAAGCAUGCUCUUCCUUACGAAGGAGAUAUGGCAGUCACUGAGAUUUUCAAUUUCAUGGCUGAUCAUGGAAGUAACUCUCAUCAUCUUACCAGUGAAAAAGGAAUGUUGUGGACUUUAGCUGAAAAGAGAGGAAGAAAUCAAGAUUUCUUUAUGGUUCAGUCAUCUGACGUUCAUGAGCAGUCUAAGGACACGCUUCAUGAAGUCCUAUUAACAAAUGUUCAUAAACCAGUAAUUGAAGACAAGCAGAUCAAGUCUCACAUACCCCAAGGCUUGCAUGAAGCACCCCCGAAUGUGGUGGUUGGUUCUGUCCUAGUUGCUACUGAUAAACUUCAUAGCGUACACCCCUUUGAUAAAUCAGAGAUUCUCAUUGUGAAGGCAGAUCAAGUUACUGGAUUUCAAGGUUUAAUUAUCAACAAGCAUAUCAGAUGGGAUGCUCUGCCUGAAUUGGGAGAAGGAGUUAAGAUGUUAGUAGAAGCCCCUUUGUCCUUUGGAGGACCGCUUAUAAAGGGUGGAAUGCCUCUUGUCGCGUUAACUCAAAAAUUUGUCGAGGAUGAAUAUCCGGAAAUCUUACCAGGCAUUGCAUUUCUUGAUCCAUCAGCAACAAUUCAAAAAAUCAAAGAGCUCAAGUUAGGAAAUCAAUCUGUCACUGACUACUGGUUUUUCUUUGGGUAUUCAAGUUGGGGUUGGGACCAGCUCUUUGAUGAGAUUGAUAAAGGAGCUUGGAAUUUAAGUGAUGAUGGUAUGAGACAUUUAGAUUGGCCAUCAAGUUAGGUAUUUCUUUCUUAUUUAACAUGAUAGAGCUUUUGGAGUAUUGCAUGAAGGAACUCCGGGGAGAAACUAAGCAAAUACAAAGGAAAAUACAGAGAAUAGGUCAGCACACGACCAUUUGAUCUGCUUGUAACCUUUUUGUAGUAUUGAAUUUGUUUUCUGCAAGACUGUAAAUAUUAGCUCUUUUAGUUCACACCUGACUACCAGUUUCAGGUUUGACUGGCUUGGGAUGUAAUCCGUCACGACUCAUGAGUAUUUAUCAAAUUUUUCUUUUUUGCUUUGUGUUGAA